AAUCUCACAUCUUUCUUCCUCCUAGCUAGCUAGCCAUUCAUUACCAGCCAAAACUAUGCCGUUAAGGGUACUUUCUGCGCUUGACGCCGCGAGAACCCAAUAUUAUCAUUUCAAGGCCAUAGUCAUCGCUGGCAUGGGUCUCUUCACGGACGCCUACGAUCUCUUCUGCAUCCCUCCCAUAGUCCAAAUCCUUGGAGCCCUAUACUAUGACAACAAAGAUGACAAAAAAGAAGUCCCCAUUCAAGUCACCUCCGCCUUGGUUGCCGUCGCCCUUGUAGGCACAGUGAUCGGUCAACUCAUGUUUGGAAUCCUUGGUGAUUACAAAGGGCGGCGCCGUGUGUAUGGACUGUCGCUGAUGAUCAUGGUUCUUAGUUCUCUUGCAUGCGGGUUCUCCAUUUGCAGGACAAGACUUUGUGUCUUGUUGAGUCUGGGGUUCUUCCGGUUCUUGCUCGGGUUGGGUAUAGGGGGAGACUACCCGUUGUCGGCAACAAUCAUGUCGGAGUUUGCCAACAGGAGGACCCGUGGAGCGUUCAUAGCUGCAGUAUUUUCGAUGCAGGGGUUUGGGAUUUUGGCGGGCUCGGCUGUGACAAUGGUGAUUUGCUCCAUAUUUCAGAAAGUAUCGCCUGCGUCAAAAGAUGAUAUACCGGACACUGCCGACAUCUCGUGGCGGUUGAUUCUGAUGAUGGGCAGCGUUCCGGCUGCAUUGACUUAUUAUUGGCGGAUGUUGAUGCCGGAAACUGCUAGGUUUACGGCACUAGUGGAGAGAGAUCCUCUGCAGGCAGCGGUUGAUAUUGGAACAGUGUUAAACGUUCCGCUGAAUCAAAUUUCGGAAGAUGCACCGAUACCGUUGUUUCCAUCGACAUAUUCCCUGUUUUCUAAGCAAUUCUUCCGUUGCCACGGCCGCGACCUCUUCUGCUGUGCCACUUCCUGGUUCCUCGUCGACAUCGCAUUUUACUCCAACAAUCUCUUCCAAUACAGGGUUUAUUACAGUUUUAUCGAGGGAGAAUAUAGUGCGUAUCAAUUGGCUUUUCGAAUUGCCAAAUUCCAAGCAAUUGUGGCCGUCUGUUUUACCAUUCCGGGUCCUUAGAGGUGAUUUAUAAGCAAGUUAGACACUCAAUUAAUAUCUCUAUGCUCUAACCUGUGAGUAAAAAGGAUCAAAUUAUAGUGUGAUCGAUCCUAAUAUAAAAGAAAGAAAGAAUAUGAUUCAAUUAUAAAAAGGAAUGUUAUGCCAUUAUAAAGAUUAAUUAAAUCA